AUGGAUGCUGGUUACAAUCCUCGUACAGUCGAAGAGGUCUUUAGGGAUUUUAAAGGUCGGAGAGCUGCUCUGAUUAAAGCUCUCACCACUGAUGUUGAAGAGUUCUACCAGCAGUGUGAUCCUGAGAAGGAAAACCUUUGCCUUUAUGGAUUUCCAAGUGAGCAGUGGGAAGUCAAUCUGCCAGCUGAGGAGGUACCCCCAGAGCUUCCAGAGCCAGCAUUGGGCAUCAACUUUGCCAGAGAUGGGAUGCAGGAUAAGGACUGGUUGUCUUUGGUUGCUGUACACAGUGAUGCUUGGUUACUUGCUGUGGCUUUUUAUUUUGGUGCUAGGUUUGGAUUUGACAAGGCUGAUAGGAAGCGACUAUUUAACAUGAUAAAUGAUCUUCCAACUAUAUUUGAGGUUGUUACUGGGAUGGCCAAGAAACAAGGCAAGGAAAAGUCAUCAGUUUCAAAUCAUAGCAGUAACAAAUCGAAAUCAAACUCCAAGCGAGGUUCUGAAUCAAAGAAUUCAAAAGCAAUGCAAUCAAAGGACGAGGGUGAUGAGGGUGUGCCUUUGGAAGGAGAAGAUGAAGAGGAACAUGAAGAAACUUUCUGUGGGGCAUGUGGAGAGAGCUAUACUUCUGAUGAGUUCUGGAUUUGCUGUGACAUCUGUGAGAAAUGGUUCCAUGGCAAGUGUGUGAAGAUUACCCCUGCAAGGGCUGAACACAUCAAGCAGUACAAAUGUCCAUCCUGCAGCAACAAGAGAGCUAGACCUUGA